CCCUUGGUUGCAGGUAAGAUCAUCUGGUCGCGCAGCAAGAACAAGAAGCUGAACAUUGCGCCGCGACCCGACCCCCUGGACUACUACGGGAAGCGGCCCAAGAAGCCCAGUGCAUGGGGUCCCCUUACGCGGUAUGCCGACAACCACACGCACCAUCCUCGCUAUAUGUUCGAGUACGACGAGCACGGUCAGCUCGGCAAGGAUGUGUUCCUCAACUCGAAGCAUAUGCGCUGGUAUUUCUUCGGCAAGCGUCACUCUUCUCCUGAAAAUGAGACCUGGAAGCCGCGCCAGCCGCUGCCCCAGGAAGUCUGCAUCCAGGGCAAAGUGCGAUCGGGUCUCACGUUGCGCAUCGGGUUCCCCGAGGCGCAGGCCAAUCACCGUCAUCCGACGGAUUACUCUCAGCGGUGCCGCUUUGACGGGUGCCGAGGCUUGUUACGACAGGGUGCCCCGCGCGUCAUCUUUGACGAGCGCUUUAACGAGGACGGGAGCAAAUACGACCCGCUCAUCAACGCCGGAUGCGUCCAUCUUGAAUGCGUGGAGAGUAAAUUCGACCUCGUUGAGCUGUGGGACAAGCUAGAUGUCGUUAUCGAUAAUCGCUCCUUCGCCAAGGAGGACCGCAAUCACGGCUCGCUGACUAGAGAAUACCCAGGCCUCCAAGCCGUUGUUGAGGAGUGGAUGGCGCAGCAAUACCCGAAGUACCUGCAACACAAGGCGCUGGACAGCCCGGGCCGUAGAGAAAUCCCUGAGUGCGACAAAUUAUGGCCGCGAAUUCAGCAGUAUGUUGCAAAGAACCUGAAGCCAGGACAUCGCAAGCAAAUGGCCAAGCGACACAAGGCCAAGGCGAUAAAAGCCGGCAAGCGCCUGGUCGACACGCCCAAGGAGGACUACCAGACAGUGACACGAAC